AUGGCGGACCGUUAUUCCUUUUCCCUCACAACCUUCUCCCCCAGCGGAAAGCUGGUUCAAAUUGAAUAUGCCUUGAACGCCGUCAAUGCUGGUGUCACUGCGCUUGGCAUCAAAGCCACAAAUGGCGUUGUCCUGGCCACAGAGAAGAAAUCAACAUCGCCUCUUGCGGAUACCGACUCCCUAUCAAAAAUCGCUUUGAUUACCCCCGACAUUGGUACGGUAUAUGCUGGUAUGAGCCCCGACUAUCGGGUCCUUGUCGACAAGGCUCGAAAGGUCUCUCACACCGGCUACAAACGGAUCUAUAACGAGUACCCUCCGACUCGCAUUUUAGUUCAAGAUGUCGCUCGUAUUGUUCAGGAAGCCACACAGUCCGGAGGUGUCCGCCCAUACGGUGUUAGCUUGCUGGUUGCAGGAUGGGAUGAGGGCGUUGAGCCCGAGGAAGCCAAUCAGAAGGAUGACGGGUCGGAGAAGAAGGCAACUGGAAAGACCGGUGGUAUCUUGAAAGGCGGUCCUAGUCUGUACCAGGUUGACCCUAGCGGAAGCUACUUCCCAUGGAAGGCUACAGCCAUUGGCAAGAGCGCGACAAGUGCCAAGACAUUCCUCGAAAAGCGCUACACAGAGGGCUUGGAGUUGGAAGAUGCCAUUCACAUUGCUCUUCUCACUUUGAAGGAGACAAUUGAAGGAGAAAUGAAUGGCGAUACUGUCGAGAUUGGUAUCGUCGGACCCCCUGCAGAUCAUUUACUCGGUUAUCAAGGACUGGAGGGUGCCCGGGGCCCAAGGUUUAGAACCCUCACCAAGGAGGAGAUUGAAGACUACUUGACCAAUCUAUAA